AAACCGGACCGACGGACAGAACGGAACACAUGAGCAAUAUUUAAUAUUUAAUAUUUAAUAUUGAUGUGUUUUAUUGUUUUAUUGCUGCUUCUUCCUGUCACACGCACGCACACACGCACUGAGAGAGUUCAUCCCGGUGCCGAACGGCGCGUGCGUGUCUGCGCGUGAGCGUGCGUGCUUGUCCAGGUGCGUGUUCGCGCGCGCGGCUGUGAUCCGUCGCUGUUCUUCUUAAAUCAGCUGUUUCUCAGACGGACUUCUGCUGCGCUGCGGAGCGCCGGUCAGUGUGUGCGGGAGCGGCAGCAGCGGCGAGGCGGCCGCGCCAGACUCCAUUCACAAAAACACCUCUUUAUCACUAAACACCUCUUCUUCUUAUUCAUCUAUCCUGGACUGUUUCUGCUCUCUGGGAGGAAAUCCAGACUAGAGUGCGCGUGCACGUCCUUCAUCUGCACGCGGCUGAUCGAUGAGGAUGGAUCUAUUGACUUCAGCACGAGACCAGGAUAUUUAUUAUUAUUAAAUUAAAUAUUGAGUUUUUACCAGAAAUAAUGAAGUAUUAAAACACCACAGAAGAAGAGCAAACGACAUGGCGGACUGAGCGGCGUCCUCCAGGCAGGCGGUCCCGUCUGAAGCAGAAACCCGCCGGCUCACAGCAUGGUGGAUGCCGGCACAUCUUACAGGAUGAACCCGCUAGCUGCCCUCAGUAUCGACCGCAACGCUCUGGUGGGGGAAAACUACCGCCCCCACGGGGGAAUCUUCUUCCCCGGCGUCCAUCCUCUCUCUGCUGAAAAGCCCCAGGAGGCUGGCACUUCCCUCCCGCUUGGUUAUGAUCUCCUGUACAAACCAGGUGUAGCCCUGUUGGAUGGUCAGAAAUCCACAAAUGGAUAUGUUGGACUUUACAAGAGCCCACCCCCAGGGUUUCAGAAACCGCUGGCUGUCCCUGCUGCAGGAGGUGAUGGCCUGGGGCUGGACCGCCGAGUUUUAUCCACUGACAAGCAGUCAGAACUGGGUCUGAACGGUGCUGGUGGCUUCCUGAGGUUACCCUGGAUCAGCCCUUAUGCUGAUGCAACCAUGUACCCCUUCCUUGACAUGGCGUACAAGGCGUCCUUCCUGUCCCAGCCGUCACCGUUCCUUCACCAGCAGCUGGCGUAUCAGUCGUUGUGUGCUGCUGGGGCAGGAAGCAGCUCACCUGGGGAAGACAGACUUUUCUACCUGCCUCAUUAUGGCCCGGCCCACAUCUCAUCCCCACUGGGUCCUCUAAUCAGGAUCCCUACCGCAACUCCAGCUCCUGCUGUCCUUUCACCCCGGUCCCACUGCCAGGACCAGGCCUUACAGGGCCUUGGUCCUCCAGUGCAUCAGGAACCCUUUAGCACCAGCCCACAGAUCCACCAGGAGCCUCAAGCUGUUCAUCAUACUGAUCGACAACAUGGCAGCAGUAGCGCAAAGUCCAGUCAACCCACUUCCACCAAGAACACUAUUAGCAGCAGCAGUAGUAGUGGGAGUACUGGUGCCGCUGUUAGCAGUUCAGCUAGCACUGCUACCUUAGAGUCACCCACAGUUACCCAUCCUCUAGUUCCCCCACCUCAACCCCUCAACAACACCACUACAGACCUCCAAAAGUCGCUUUACAGGAGCACCUCCUCAUCCUCAACAUCACUGUCAGGGUCUCACACCUUUAAAAAGGGCAGCCUGAGCUCGGAGCAUUCAGGCAGCAACAAAACCAAAGAUGCCAGCUCAGAGAAGUGUAAAUCACCUGCAAAGACAUCACAGGACAAAGCUGUGCCUCAAAAACCUGCCAAAAACUCCAGGGAAAACCCUUUGGAUCUGUCUGCCAAAGAGUUGGAGGAAUUCUCAAAUGGAUUCCCGUCCAAACUAGAGGCCCUGGCCAAGUUGGGGUAUUUACCACCGUCUCAUUACGGGCUGCUAGCCAGCCAGAACCUAAAGGAAGGUCUACCCCCACCGGUUACCACUCCAGAAAAGACUCCUGAAAAGAGCAGCACUGUGCCAUCCCCUUGGGUUGCUCCGGGUCCUUCCUCGGCUGUCAGCUCCCAAAUUAUGAAAAACAAGAGUGAUCAUCAUCCACAACCUCAGAACUCACCUGGCUCCACGACCGUGGAGGUGACCAGUAUUCCCAGCCCUGCCUCAGGGGGAAGACCUUCUGCAUCAUCUCCUUCCCCAAAGUUCAAAGUUGAAUGGCCACGAGUUCCCCCGAUUGAUUUGGAGAAUCCGAGCAGUAAAGGAGAAACUCGUUCUAAGCCAGAGGCUCAAGAGACACCUCAUCCACAGCAGCAAUCUCGCAUUGGAAAUGGAAACUCGUCCAGUCAAAUCUACGGUGACUCCUACCUCCCUCCUGGCUUAGGUUACACUAACCGCUACAUCCCGUACUCAGUUGCUGAGAAUAUGUCCUUGCAACGCAUGACCAUACCAGGCAAAGGGCCUAUCUAUACCCACCCAGCCUUGCUGGGCAACAGCAGCUUUUACCCACCAAAACAUGGACUUCCAUAUGGAGUACAUCCAAACCAGGGUGACUUCAUGCCAUACCAGAAUUCCCGGGGGAUGGCCCCUCCACCUGUCCCCUCCCACCCGGGUCUCGACCGACUUGAGACCCAGGAUAAAACCUGGAAUGCAGAACCAUACCGGAACCAGGACAGGCCGGAUGCUGAUAGCUCCCAAAGGAGUGACGAAAAGUCCACAAACCAAACCAUAAAGGCUUCAGGUAGAAGCCUCACUUCUACCAGAGAUGAUGUAGUUUGUAUCGACCUGGUGCACGAUGAGCCAGAGGAUGAAUUGUCCACCAACAAGCACAACUCUCCAUCUAGAGAGGAUUUCUCUAAGAUUGGCGGUAACCACAUCCACGAAAGAGAGCCUCCAAAAGCACUUCCUCCCAGCCAGGCUGCCGAGCCGAGACAAGGCUUACCCAACACUUCCCAACCACAGCCUUCCCCCAUCCCAGAGGAGAUCCCGGAAAACGAGGAACCACUUAGUCCAUUCCCAGACAUCCCAGAGGAGCAGACGAUGCGCUGUGCCCGAACUUCCCCUCAGCAGUUUUCUAGAAAAUGUAAAGCCUCUGGUGGUGCUGCGGACUUGGGUGCCACUAGCGGUCAAAAUAAUGGUGUUGACAGCGCUGGCAAUGAAGCUAAGGCCAAUAAAACUCCUGAGCAAAGCCCUUCUAGAAACUCAUUGGUUCCUUUUAGCAAAGAAAACUGUUCUAGUGACAUCAUGCGAGCAGUGUGUGCUGUCACCAGCCCAAAGAGUCCGUCUGAUGGGGGCAGCUGUCAUCCGGACAGUCCAGUCUGCAGCAGUAAGGAACCAGUAUGUAGAGAUUCCAGGUCCCAGGUCCCAGCAUCCAGGAGUUUUAAUCCCAGGGUUCCAGCUGGAGGAGUUACGAACAACCCAACAAGUCCAAGUUUUGUCAACAGAAACUUCGUGGGCCCAUGUUGCAGAAAUCUGGCGCCGAGGGCUCCAACUAUUGAACCCAGGCUUUUCAGCGGCCCAACUCUUGGAAAUCGCAACCCUGAGUCCCCAAACUGCAGGAACAUCAACCCCAGAUUUACAAAUUGUGAAAACAGCAAUGCCGUGCGUCCACUUUGUGGAAACAUCAGGGCUCCUACAUGCGGAAAUACGUGUUUUAGUUGUCCAAAUUGUGGGAAUACCCCCUCUAAGGGCCAGUUUUCUGGAAAUAACCAAACUUGUGUGCACAACAAUCCCACAUUACGAAACAAUCUUCCUCGAGGCCAAACCUGUCGGCACCUUUCACCUUCCAAUCCCACCAACUUAAUCCCUGCAGAUCUGACUCCAGAACCGCCGGUUAACAAAGACCUAAAAUAUGAAAACCUUUCCUCCGAUGAGAUCCGGAGAGAGACGGCGGACUUUGGCCUCGCCGCCACCGGCUGUGGCGAUGUGAACGAGGACAGCAUGGAUCUCCUGCUAGACGAGGAUGACGGCUGCAGCAAGUUCCGGCGCUCCGGCCUCACCAAACGCAUCGCCAACUCAUCCGGCUACGUGGGCGACCGGAUCAAAUGCGUGACCACGGAGCUUUACGCCGACUCCAGCAAGCUGAGCAGAGAGCAGCGAGCACUUCAGCGAGCGAUGCUGAGGUUCUCUGAGCUGGAGCUGAAGGAGAAAGAGGGAGGAAGAGGAGAAGAAGAAGAGGAAGAGGAAGAAGGGAUGACAGCGGCGGAGGCGGAGCUGGCAGACGGCCAGCGGGGAGACGGAGGGAGGGAGGAGGAGGAGGAGGAGGAGGAGGAGGGGAGGAAGAGAGAGGGAGGAAGAGGAGGAAGUCCCUGUGAGGCCGCCGCCGAGGCAGCGAGAGUUGAACUCUCGGUGCACCUCGUUCACAAACCGCCGCACUCGUUUCCUCCAGGAAGCACCGCAUUCACAUCAACACCUGAGACACUGACUGGAGUCUCUCUGCUUCGUUUCCACGGUCCAUCCUGCCCUCACAACCGCCUCCCCGUCCUGCCGCCGUGCCGCCACUCAGACGACCUCCCCGUCCUGCCGCCGUGCCGCCACUCAGACGACCUCCCCGUCCUGCCGCCGUGCCGCCGCUCCGACGACCUCCCUGUCCUGCCGCAGUGCCGCCGCUCAGUCGACCUCCCCGUCCUGCCGCCGUGCCGCCACUCCGGCGACCUCCCCGUCCUCGGAGAGAAGGAGGACGCCUCAGCAGAGGAGCAGAAGAAGAACAAAGAUGAAGAAGGAUGUCUGCAGGAAGAGAAGAAGAAACAACAACAACAACAAAGGUUUCUGUCCACAGCCAGAGGGCUGCUUCAGGGAAACGUCUCCACGCCGACCGCCACGCCGACCCCCACGCCGACCCCCACGCCAACCCCCAUGCCGACCCCCACGCCAACCCCCAUGCCGACCACGCCGACCGCCACACCGACCGCCACACCGACCGCCGCAGCUCCACUCGGAGGUUCCAGUCCCAACGUGGCGGCGAACCGACGGCGCCUCUUCAGUCUGGAGCCGUUCCACCAGAGCAGCAUCAGCAGCAGCCGGCUGAAGAGAGGGAGGGAGGAGGACUGGGAGGAGGACCGGAUCGGAAACCCCAACAAGAAGACCAAGGUCACCAACGACUCGACCCUGGAGGACGUGAAGAAGCUGAAGGUUUGCAUCGAGCUCAACGGCCUCCGACUCAACAAGCCCCGCCUCCCCGGGGAGCUCAGCCAAUGGCUGCCCUCCGGCCAGAGUUCGGCGGAGGUUGACAGAAAGUUCAGAGUGGACGUCCCGGCCGUCAGGGGGAGGUCAGAGGUCAACGGAGGCUGGUGCGACCCGACGUUUGUGAGGAGGGACGACCCGAGAGUUGUCCACGCGUCGCCGCCCUCCUCUCCCGCCCAUCUCCCCCGGCAACCGUCCCCUGCAUCCUUCACCUCCCUCGCCUCCUCCCGCCUCCAGGACAAGCAUCAGAAGCUGAGGGAGAGCCGCCGGGUCUCCGGCUUCCUCCCUUCCUUACCUCCUCUUCCUCCCUCCUUCUCGCCCUGUCCCGACCGCCAUCCCUUCCGCUGCCACGAAGACGACCUCAGCAGGCCGAAGGGCAAGCGUCCCUGCAAGACGAAGCACACGGGAGGAGAAGCGGCGAGGGAGGAGGAGAGAGACGGGGGAGGAAGCGACGAUGAGGUGAGUGGAAAGGCGUCCCCGUCCGACCCGCCUCCCUCGCCCUCGCCGCAGCACGCCCACAUCGCCCGGCCCGCCCCCCCUGAAGUCCGCCGGCUCAUCGUGAACAAGAACGCCGGAGAGACGCUGCUGCAGCGCGCCGCCCGCCUGGGAUACGAGGUAACGAGACGCAAACGCACCCGGGAAUAUGGACCUCAUUUUACCCUGAGAAGAAACCUCUAUGUUUCCUUCCCAUUCCUGCUCCUCAGAGGAUGAACCCUCUACAUGUUAAUGACCUUUCCUUCAGCGCCACCCUCAGGACAGACCCGUUAACAGCAGGCGUCACCAGCUGGACUCAAACCUGUGACAUUAACGCUGCAGCGCUGCGUCGACACCGAUGCCCUUUAUUGAAAUUCAGUCGUCGUUGUGAAAUCAUUGUGAGGCAGAAUAAAAUGUGUGUGUGUGUGUGUGUGUGUGUGUGUGCAGGCAUUUGUUAAACCACACACACACACACACACACACAUGGUGUGAAUAUUUCAUGCCCAGUGUGACAGCUCUAGUCAGGCCUCACCAGUGUCGCCCUUCCUCCUCCUCUUCCUCCCUCUCUCUCUCGUUGAGGUGCAGCGGUGAAGCUAACGAGCUCAGUUUGUAAAUGAAGCCGUCGUCCAUCACGACACACACAGGACGUUUAUUAUCAGCCGCAAUCAUUUCAAGAGCAGAAGAAGAACAAGAGAGAGAGAGGUUUCAGUCCUCAGAGGCGUUCGUCUCUUAAAGGUUCUCUAUUCCAUAUUCAGAACAUUAAUAUAUCAACGACUGUUGUCCAUGUAAAGAUAUAAAGGUGCAAUGUCUACCUUCUUCUCGGGGGAAAAUGAGGUUUGUUUUCGUGGUAAAAUUAGUUUUGUUUUCGUGGUAGAAUGAGGUUUCUUCUCAGGGUAAAAUGAGGUUUGUUUUCAGGGUAAAAUUAGGUUUGUUUCCGUGGUAAAAUUAGGUUUGUUUUUGUGGUAAAAUGAGUUUUGUUUUCGUGGUAAAAUUAGGUUUCUUCUCAGGGUAAAAUGAGGUUUGUUUUUGUGGUAAAAUGAGGUUUGUUUUUGUGGUAAAAUGAGGUUUGUUUUCUUGGUAAAAUGAGGUUUGUUUUCAUGGUAAAAUGAGGUUUGUUUUCGUGGUAAAAUAAGGCUUGUUUUCGUGGUAAAAUGAGGUUUGUUUUCGUGGUAAAAUUAGUUUUGUUUUCGUGGUAGAAUGAGGUUUCUUCUCAGGGUAAAAUGAGGUUUGUUUUCAGGGUAAAAUUAGGUUUGUUUCCGUGGUAAAAUUAGGUUUGUUUUCGUGGUAAAAUGAGUUUUGUUUUCGUGGUAAAAUUAGGUUUCUUCUCAGGGUAAAAUGAGGUUUGUUUUCAGGGUAGAAUUAGGUUUGUUUCCGUGGUAAAAUGAGGUUUGUUUUCGUGGUGAAAUGAGG